AUGGUCCACCCACUGGUCUACCUGAAGUACAGGCCUCUGAGGUACAGGGCGGUGUGUGUGGCUCUGGCUUGGCUGAUGUCCCUCGUCCUCUGUGUUGUGAUAGGCUUAAUAGGCGGCAUGAUUGUCAACGCCUGCCUUUUCGCAAUCACUGACCAAUCGACUUCUUCUGCUGUGUGUCCAUCCUGAGGGUGCUGGCCAGGUUCGGUCUGGGGGAUGGAGCGAAGGGAGAGAAAGAGGGAGGGAACCUGAUAAAGAGAAGAGCGUCCCGUACUAUUCAGAUCAUUCUGCUGAGCCUGUUGGUGAAUUACAUUACAUCCAUCAACGGAGCUAUCCUGGUACGUUGUUUCUGUAUCCCUCCACAUUCAGUGACAGCGCUGUGCAUUGUGGUUCCUAGCACUAACAUGUUUAAUAUUUUGGGGAGCUUCAUCAGCCCUUCCUCUACCUCCUUAGGGCUCGGAAACUACCCUCCGUCUAGGGAAAACGAGAGGGAUGAUAGCCCUACUUUAGAGGAAGGGUUGUCUGGCAUCUGGUUAUCAUCCCCAGGCCAGAGCCAUGUUUAGGCUACAGUCUAUAAUGGCUCUCAUCAUUCCUUCCCAUUCCUUUCAAGUAGUAGCCUAUAUUUUAUUAAAACGUUUCACCUUAAAUGGCAAAAUAAUUUAAGCCAUUCGAAAUAACUUUAAAGACUACAUUUUUAUUUGAUAGAAAUACAGUUGAAGUCAGAAGUUUACAUACACCUUAGCCAAAUACAUUUCACAAUUCCUGACAUUUAAUCAUAGUAAAAAUUCCCUGUCUUAGGUCAGAAUAAUAGUAGAGAGAAUUAUUUAUUUCAGCUUUUAUUUCUUUCAUCACAUUCCCAGUGAGUCAGAAGUUUACAUGCACUCAAUUAGUAUUUGAUAGCAUUGCCUUUAAAUUGUUUAACUUGGGUCAAACGUUUCUGGAAGGUUCUCCCAUCUCCACAGAGGAACCUCUGGAGCUCUGUCAGAGUGACCAUCGGGUUCUUGGUCACCUCCCUGACCUAGGCCCUUCUCCCCCGAUUGCUCAGUUUGGCCGGGCGGCCAGCUCUAGGAAGAGUCUUGGUGGUUCCAAACUUCUUCCAUUUAAGAAUGAUGGAGGCCACUGUGUUCUUGGGGACCUUCAAUGCUGCAGAAAUGUUUUGGUACCCUUCCCCAGAUCUGUGCCUCGACACAAUCCUGUCUUGGAGCUCUACGGACAAUCCCUUCAACCUCAUGGUUUUUGCUCUGACAUGCACUGUCAACUGUGGGAUCUUAUAUAGACAGGUGUGUACCUGUCACACCCUGGCUCUGGGACUCUAUAUGUUGAGCCAGGGUGUGUAUAUUCUAUGUUUUGUAUUUCUGUGUUGGCCAGAGUGGUUCCCAAUCAGAGGCAACGAGUGUCAGCUGUUGCUGGUUGUCUCUGAUUGGGAGCCAUAUUUAUAGAGGCUGUUUUCCCACAAUAGUUGUGGGAUCUUGUUCCGUUUGGUUUGUUCCAGUGUGGUUUGUGUUAAUCCAUAGACGUCACGUUAUCGUUUGUUGUUUUGUUCGUGAGAUCACAAUAAAGAGUAUGUUUGCUUUCAACGCUGCGCCUUGGUCUACUCCGUCUAGCGAUCGUGACAGAAGAUCCCACCAUACCAGGACCAAGCAGCGUGUCCAGGAGCAGGCAGCCUGGACGUGGGAGCAAAUAUUGGACGGGCAGGGGUCCUGGACCUGGGAGGAAAUCCAGGCCGGGAUGGAUCGCCGUCCAUGUAGUGAGACGGUAGAGGUGCGACGGAGAGAGGAGCAACGGCGUCAACAGUGUCGUUGUCGGACGGACGAGAGGCAACCCCAAAAAAAUUUUAGGGGGGGGCAUACGGCAUGGGCGACGGGGCAGCAGGAGGCAGCUACAGGGCGUAGUAGGAGGUUAGGUGAGGAGGCCACCAGGUUAAGGGGGCUAUUGGCGCAGAGGGAGCAGGAGUUAGUGGUGCAGAGGGUGGAGCUAUUGGAGGCGAUAAGGGAGAAGGUGAGAAUUGAGGCACGGCGAGAGGAACUCGGUAGGCAGCUGAGGGUUAUGACGAAACCCAGUCCCGCUCCUCACACCAAGCAAGUGGUGUGCGUCACCAGUCCGGUCCGGCCCGUUCCUGCUCCCCGCACUAAGUGGAUGGUGCGCGUCGCCAGCCCGGCCCGGCCUGUUCCUGUUCCUCGCACCAAGCCUAAGGUGUGCGUCGCCAGCCCGGCCCGGCCUGUUCCUGCUCCUCGCACCAAGCCUAUGGUGUGCGUCGCCAGCCCGGCUCGGCCUGUUCCUGCUCCUCGCACCAAGCCUACGGUGCGCGUCGCCAGCCCGGCCCGUUCCUGCCACUCGCACCAAGCCUGCGGUGCGCGUCGCCAGCCCGGCCCGGCCUGUUCCUGCUCCACGCACCAAGGUAAAGGUGCGCGUUGCCAGCUCGGCCCGGCCUGUUCCUGCUCCUCGCACCAAGCCUACGGUGCGCGUCGCCAGCCCGGCCCGGCCUGUUCCUGCUCCUCGCACCAAGCCUACGGUGCGCGUCGCCAGCCCGGUCCGGCCUGUUCCUGCUCCUCGCACCAAGCCUACGUUGCGCGUUGCCAGCCCGGCCCGGCCUGUUCCUGCUCCACGCACCAAGCCUACGGUGUGCGUCGCCAGCCCUGCCCGGCCUGUUCCUGCUCCACGCACCAAGCCAGGGGUGCGAGUCGUCAGCCCGGUCCGGCCCGUUCCUGCUCCACGCACCAAGCCAGGGGUGCGCAUCGUCAGCCCGGUCCGGCCCGUUCCUGCUCCACGCACCAAGUCAGGGGUGCGCAUUGUCAGCCCGGUCCGGCCCGUUCCUGCUCCACGCACCAAGCCAGGGGUGCGCAUCGUCAGCCUGGUCCGGCCCGUUCCUGCUCCACGCACCAAGCCAGGGGUGCGAGUCGUCAGCCCGGUCCGGCCCGUUCCUGCUCCACGCACCAAGCCAGGGAUGCGCAUCGUCAGCCCGGUCCGGCCCGUUCCUGCUCCACGCACCAAGCCAGGGGUGCGAGUCGUCAGCCCGGUCCGGCCCGUUCCUGCUCCACGCACCAAGCCAGGGGUGCGCAUCGUCAGCCCGGUCCGGCCCGUUCCUGCUCCACGCACCAAGCCAGGGGUGCGCAUCGUCAGCCCGGUCCGGCCCGUUCCUGCUCCACGCACCAAGCCAGGGGUGCGCAUCGUCAGCCCGGUCCGGCCCGUUCCUGCUCCACGCACCAAGCCAGGGGUGCGCAUCGUCAGCCCGGUCCGGCCCGUUCCUGCUCCACGCACCAAGCCAGGGGUGCGCAUCGUCAGCCCGGUCCGGCCCGUUGCUGCUCCACGCACCAAGCCAGGGGUGCGCAUCGUCAGGCCGGUCCGGCCCGUUCCUGCUCCACGCACCAAGCCAGGGGUGCGCGUCGUCAGUCCGGCACAACCCGUGCCUGGGUCACCGGUGCCUGGUCAGGUACCGGUCAGCUGCUCCACACCGGAGCUUAAGCAAUCCGCUCCUACGAUGUCCAGUCCAGCUCCAGCCAGCGGGGCCAGACCGGAUCAGGGGCGCUACGGGGGGAUUAUUGGAGGGUGGUGGGCGAGCCCGGAGCCGGAACCGCCUCCGAGGAGGAAUGCCCACCCAGCCCUCCCCUGGUUUGUUUAUGUUUAGGUGCGGUCGCAGUCCGCGCCUUUAGGGGGGGGGUACUGUCACACCCUGGCUCUGGGACUCUAUAUGUUGAGCCAGGGUGUGUAUAUUCUAUGUUUUGUAUUUCUGUGUUGGCCAGAGUGGUUCCCAAUCAGAGGCAACGAGUGUCAGCUGUUGCUGGUUGUCUCUGAUUGGGAUUCAUAUUUAUAGAGGCUGUUUUCCCACAAUAGUUGUGGGAUCUUGUUCCGUUUGGUUUGUUCCAGUGUGGUUUGUGUUAAUCCAUAGACGUCACGUUAUCGUUUGUUGUUUUGUUCGUGAGAUCACAAUAAAGAGUAUGUUUGCUUUCAACGCUGCGCCUUGGUCUACUCCGUCUAGCGAUCAAACAUCUCAAGGAUGAUCAAUGGAAACAGGAUGCACCUGAGCUCAAAAUAUUUAAUCCAUUUUAGAAUAAGGCUGUAACAUAACAAAAUGAGAAAAAAGUAAAGGGGUCUGAAUACUUUCUGAAUGCACUGUAUGCUUAGUUUAAUACUGAAAACAAACUUAAAGAUACCAAACACUAUUUAGUCUAAUCAAUGUUGCUAAAUAUUAUGUGGCUCUUCAUACUGAUUUCUGUGUUUGUGCGUGCGUGUAUGCAUAAAUAAAACAACAAAUGUUGUCAUACAGCACACUUUUAGUUUUUGUUGUCAUAGGCUACCUAGCUAAAAUGCUUGCUAGCCUAACUUCCUCUUAUGGGCAACAAUGAACCAGCUAAAUUAGCUAGCUAGUUAACGUGAGCUUACAAGGCUACAUCUAGGCUACAUAUUGAACUUCAAUAAUCUCAGGCCAGUGGCACAACAUAUUAUUUAUGGUUAGAUCAGAAUCGCUGUCAUAAUCAUUGACCUGUACAGAGAAUUAAGUCAAAACCACAAGUCCAAAUCCCCAUCUCCAUCCAUGGCUAAGGAAAGGGACAAUUUAGCAAGCUAGCUACUGCAGGACAUCAACACACAAAUGAUGUUUUGCUUAGAAAGUGAUUUGAUUGGUGUGAAGCCAAAUCCAAACGGGUUUACCUUGGGGGGCGUUUUGUUGCACCAGGACAACCCACAGUUGAGCUAAGCUCAAAGCUGAUUGGCUCAAAUCAAUUGAAAUGAUUUUAGGCAUGUUGAUGGUUUAGUGAGAGAUCAUCUGGUGAUAAUCUGGUGGUUUUCAGUUGCAAUUGGCCCGAUCAUGUUAGUACCUUGUAAGGGUUCAUUUUACUUCAGCUAUUUGUAAUGUGUACUAAAAAUGUUAUAUACACUACCAUUCAAAAGUUUGGGGUCAUUUAGAAAUGUCCUUGUUUUCGAAACAGAAGCAAUUUUUUUGUCCAUUCAAAUAACAUCAAAUUGAUCAGAAAUACAGUGUAGACAUUGUUAAUGUUGUAAAUGGCUAUUGUAGCUGGAAACGGCUGAUUUUUUAUGGAAUAUCUACAUAGGCGUACAGAGGCCCAUUAUCAGCAACCAUCAGUCCUGUGUUCCAAUGGCACGUUGUGUUUGUAAUCCAAGUUUAUCAUUUUAAAAGGCUAAUAGAAAACCCUUUUGCAAUUAUGUUAGCACAGCUUAAAACUGUUGUGCUGAUUAAAGAAGCAAUAAAACUGGUCUUCUUGAAACUAGUUGAGUAUCUGGAGCAUCAGCAAUUGUGGGUUCGAUUACAGGCUCAAAAUGGCCAGAAACAAAUAACUUUCUUCUGAAACUCAUCAGUCUAUUCUUAUUUUGAGAAAUUAAGGCUAUUCCAUGCGAGAAAUUGCCAAGAAACUGAAGAUCUCGUACAACGCUGUGUCCUACUCCCUUCACAGAACAGUGCAAACUGGCUCUAACCAGAAUAGAAAGAGGAGUGGGAGGCCCCGGUGCACAACUGAGCAAGAGGACAAAUACAUUAGAGUGUCUAGUUUGAGAAACAGAUGCCUCACAGGUCCUCAACUGGCAGCUUCAUUAAAUAGUACCCGCAAAACACUAGUAUUAACGUCAACAGUGAAGAGGCGACUCCGGGAUGCUGACCUUCUAGGCAGAGUUGCAAAGAAAAAGCCAUAUCUCAGACUGGCCAAUAAAAAGAAAAGAUUAAGAUGGGCAAAAGAACACAGACACUGGACAGAGGAAGAUUGGAAAAAAGUGUUAUGGACAGACAAAUCGAAGUUUGAGGUGUUCGGAUCACAAAGAAGAACAUUUGUGAGACGCAGACCAAAUGAAAAGAUGCUGGAGGAGUGCUUGAUGCCAUCUGUCAAGCAUGGUGGAGGCAAUGUGAUGGUCUGGGGGUGCUUUCGUGGUGGUAAAGUGGGAGAUUUGUACAGGGUAAAAGGGAUCUUGAAGAAGGAAGGCUAUCACUCCAUUUUGCAACGCCAUGCCAUACCCUGUGGAUGGCACUUGAUUGGAGCCAAUUUCCUCCUACAACAGGACAAUGACCCAAAGCACAACUCCAAACUAUGCAAGAACUAUUUAGGGAAGAAGCAGUCAGCUGGUAUUCUGUCUAUAAUGGAGUGGCCAGCACAUUCACCGGAUCUCAACCCUAUUGAGCUGUUGUGGGAACAGCUUGACCGGAUCUCAACAACACACGUAUCUGUUCAUAUCCUAACCACUAGAGAGCAGCGUUGUCCUAUCGAAACAAAACAUAUUUUAUUCAUCUGGAGUUCUAAUAACCUUGUAUGGAUUAUGCAUCCCAUCAGAAGUAGGAUUUGUAUACAGUUCCUGUUUAUGUGUGUAGCUCGAAAUGAAGGUGGCUGAUAGCAGGAGGGUAAUUUCACUCAUGAAUGGAGGAAUUGAUCAGAGUCCUCCUGUGCUGCUGAUUCUCCUGAGUCUGUGUCAAUCAAAUACCCUUCGUCCGUACAUCAUAAUGCAUUUACCUUUCAACAAAGUACAUCCAUUUACCAUUCCACACAACAACAGAGCGUGACUUCCUGUAAGGACAGAGUGGCACAUUAUGACUAUGUGAUUAUUCAGAGAGAAUUACCUUCUGGCCAUGAUGUUUGGGGUGAGUAAAGCUAUGGAGACAAAAUUCUCUUCUCUAAAAUAAGGAAAACACGCACCUGAAUGGGAAAGGCACAAGCUGGUCAAACUGCCAAACACUGUGCAGAUGCCCAUGAUUUAUUAAAAGUUAAAACCACCAAUGUGUCAGCAAAAGCUGCCUUUCUUCUUGCAUACAUUAUUCUAGAGUAGCCUACGUACUCCUCCUUUUCUAGGGCUUUAUUCAAUCUGUUACAGAUUGUGCAAUAGAAAUGUCAAGGUAAUUUCUGUUUGAACAGACAUGCAGCUUUUCCCGUGAAUGCAGUCUCCGCUAAUGCGGGAAUUUGCCUUUAAAUUUCAAUCACGCUGUAACGCUGAACUUCCACGAUACGAAUUGAAUAGAGCCCUUACAUGAUCAUAGGAGGUCAAAGACAGAGAUGACAGUAAAGAUUAGUAACAUGGUGAAUGAAAAACGAAUACAGAGUGAGAUACAAUUAAAACAUAUGAUAUGGAGACCAAAGGGUUGUCCUGUGUUUUACUGUACACAGAAACUUCUCUCUUGGUAAAGAGAUUCUUUAUCUCAAUGUGAUUUCCUGUUUAAAUGAAAGUUAAAUAGAACAAAUUAUUAUCUUCAAAGUGUGUGUGUCAGCUUGUGCAUGUGUGUGUGUGUGUGUGUGUUUGUAUAUGUGUGCUGCAGGUGCUCGACCCAUUCCUCCAGAGCCAGGCCUAGAAGACAGUAAUGUCAUCAGAGCGGGAGUCCCAGCUGAAUUCAGCUCUGUUCCGCAUGGUUGCCAAUGAUAAUUGUGUGUUGAUAGCGAGCGAGGGAGAUGGAGUAUAAUUUCCACCUUGAGAUUCCUAAACAAAUACCUGUGCUCAGCAAAGGGAUAGAGGGAAGGGGAGAGGAGGAGAGGGAUGAAGAGGUAACUGUAAGGAGCUGAGGGUGAGCAGAUAAGGGAUGAGGGUUUGAGGAUGAGAGGGGAUAAGAUGUGAGGGGGUGAGGGGAAUAGGGGGUGAAGGGUUGAGGAGGAGAGGGAAUAAAGGAGGUGAGAAAGUGAGGUGUAUAGGUGUAAGGGGAUAAAAUACUAUAGAGGAGGAAAAUACAAUGUGGUCUCAGGGCAAUUUGUAUUAUUCUGUGUGUAAAUCUGUGACACUCCAUUUAGUAUGAUAUAUUACAUAACGUUAGGUUACAUGAAUGGAAUAGUGGUCGUACAAUAGACGGGUUGGUUGUUUAGCAACAAAACCGACACGUGCGCAACUAUGGGGCAAAACAGACAGGGUUGGCUUAGAUUGCUGACAACAUGUAAACUAUAUUUCGUCUCCAAUGUUUAUUGAAAAUGUAUAUUAUUAUACUUCUUUCUCUGAGACCAGGUUGCUUGUUGCAACCGUAACAACAAAGGAUUACAAAGGAGAAUUACGGGAAAAUGUACGGGUUAAUAUAAUUUAUGUAAAAGGUUAGGAGAACUAAAACAACAAAGGUUAGGAGAAUUUAAGUAGCAUGUUAGGUGAAAUGGGUUAAGUUUAGAAUAAUGGUUAAGGGAAGGGUUAGCUAAAAUGCUACAGUUGUCCCCGACGCGAUUUGAACACUCAACCUUUGGAUUGCUAGACGGUCGUGGAUUACGCCCACCUAUCCUCCCUGACCAACCAACCUCUCCACUUUUGUUUUUGCCUAAAGUAACUAGACCAUUAGUAGGUAUCAUAUGUCUUGGAGGUGCUCAGAAAUACGUAAAGUAUGUUUCAUAUGGCUCUGAGGCCAGGCUGGAAAAUAGGGGAGCAACAGGAAGGAGAGAACAGUAACCUAGUGGUAAUUUAAACUGUCAAAGUUGCUAGGCUCCUGCUUCAAAAACACAGACACAAACAUGCACCUCUUGUAUUUAUGUCAACAUCUUUAGGAAAGUUAUUAAUACAAAGCAAAAAUACUAUUUCCCAGCAUGCACUAUCACCUCACUGCUCAUCCAGGCUUCUUAACACAGAUGAUCAUCCUAAUGUCUCAUAAUCCCAGACGACAUUAACUUUGGAUUUUAUUUAAAUCUGAUGACUUUCACCUCACAGACACAGGAUGUAUUUGAAUUGCAUGAACAAGAUGGCAAGUCCUAUUACACGCUGUACUCUUCUUUAGAGAUAG